UGUAGUUCACGUAAUUAUUUUAGAACUAUGGGCUUCUAAAGCAACUAGAAUAGAGUAAUUAAUUGUAACUGUUCAGGAUAGAUCGAUGGAUGCUAUUGUUCCGGACGGAUUUUCCAGUAGUUACAAUCGGAAAUCCAAAAAAUAUAAGCGUGAUGCCAUUCAGGCUCAGCUAGCCAAAGAACACAAACUGAUCGACAAGGGAGAGCAUGUGUCCGCCCGUGAAAUGGGAAAAGACCAGGAGAGGGUUAGAAAAUGUCUGGAGAAAUUGGAGCACGAUAGAAUCAAAUUUUGCAAAGACUACCAGCCCAGUCGAGGCAGUUCCCCAUUUCCAAACACGGAUGAGAGGGACAGAUCCCAUAGUCGCGGCAGCUUCCGACCCCUAAGCGGAUAUGACGUUAAAAGUCAAUCCCGCAGCCGUCGUCAGCUACAGGAAGCUGGUGCUACCUCCUUGGAUCUCAAGCGGCCCACAUCACGUAGAUCCCUUGAUCAGGGCAAGAUUUCUGCAGACUCCGGUCAUGACCACCCCCAGGGCCGUCAACGUAGUCACUCCCUGUCCCUGCCCAGUCCAGACAAGAAAAAAUCGCAUGGGCUAAAAGGUGCAACGUCUGCUGCGGAUAAAAGACUGCCAGAUACCCCCAUUCCUUCCAUUGUUCUGACAGAGGAGGACUGCAAGCAAUCCAGUAUCCUCUUCCUGUCCCCCACCGCUAAGCCGAACGCUGGUAUUUUGAAUAACAAGCAAGCACCAGAGAAAGUGGGCGCUAACAAAGAAAAUCGGGUACCACCAAAUCAGGACAACCACCCGUCCCGUAGUGGCUACCGAGAACACAAUCCUUCUCCUCGAGAGAAUCCGAAGCACGAUUCUCAGUCACGUGAUCAUCAUGGUACUAAAGACCAUCACGUAAGUUCCCAAGGUGCACACGGAAAGCGUGCACACCAAGAGGAUCAGCAACACGGAGCCCGAGCAAAGCACGGUCAUGAUCACGCUGGGUCAUAUGAUCAUCAUCCCCAUGGUUCCCGCCCUAUCCCACGUGAUCAUCAUGAUUCUCAAAGCAUUCUUCCGUCUCAUCGUGAUUCAAGGCAUGGUGAGCAUCACGCUGACCACCACUCACAUUUGCACAGAGAAAGUAGACGACAGAGUCACAUUCUAGAGAACCGACGAUUUUCCAUGGUGGGCCAUAACCGGAAACUUGCUCAAGAGAAUAACAUGGAGGAGGCGCAGAAUCUGUACGAGCUGGCGAUCCGAUCGGUGGCGGACGCUCACAAACAUUCCCCGCCGACUAUUCACGGAAGACGGGGAUCGGUAUCCGGCGAGAGGCGCGGGUCACUGCACGGGGAAAGGAGGGGAUCCGUGUCCCUGGAGAAGCCCUCUCCAUUGGCGCUUCCCGAGCACAUGCCUAAUCUGAGUAUGCUAGACAGUUCAGCGAUGGAGGAUCUCGAGGAACUUCUGCGGGAAGUGCAGAUUUACAGGGACAGGAAAAUUGCCGAAGAAGAACAAGGCUUUUGUUAUAUGCAAAGUCGUCAUCAGAGAAGGCGACUCGAGCAUAUAGAGUCCAUAUUGGAGAAACUCAGCAGACAUUCCACCACUAAAUUUGAUCCAAAGGAAAUGUUGGCAUGUGGCUACCUACGACUGUCCAAAUACAACGUCGAAACGCUCGAGAAUAUGAUAAGGGAGUCUGGUCAAGAUCCGGGCAUUCACGCGCAUUCUGACGUCACUAAUUACGAUCUCUGGGCCGACAUCAGACGCGAGAAAGAACUUGAAAAAGCUUCUGCUGAUGUCACCUCAUCAUCUCCAACAAAGAAAAUCAAGGGCUGAUUUUGGAGAAUUGAAAUGAAUAUUUCCUAUCUACGUGGACCAAUUCAUACCUUAAAUUUGCAGAUCAGUGCCGUAAAUGAUAAAGAUUCAUAAAGGGUCAAGAUAAGCCAUUGAUUUAUUUGUCUAUGACCAUUAUUUUUGUUCAAUUUACCAAAUUUUAUUUUACUAUUUUUUCUGUUGUUGGUUUUAACAAAUUUAUAUUAAUUCAUUGGUGUAUUGAAACUGCAUACACGAAAUCCUGGACUUUAAAAAAAAAUAAAAUUGAUCCAGGCAA